AUGACCUCGUUGCUAGCCAAGGUUAGGGAGCUGUUGAAGACGGACAAAAGCUUCACUUUACUGGAAGGGAAUGACACCAGGACGGAUAACAUUGCCAAGGCGCAAAUAAUACGUUUCGGAGAUGAAAAAUUAUCGUUGGAUGAACCUACGGACUUCGAACUUGAGGGGAAGCAAGUACCACUUAGGGUAAUCAUACAUUGCUGGCUGCACAGGGACUCGUCGGCAGCCGAUUACCUGGCGGAUUGCCAGGACAAGCAGACAACAAAUGUUUCCUUCUUACAGAGGAAUGAUCUGAUCAAUUGGCUAUCUGGAAGGCUAGAAUCGUCGCAAUACAUAAAUUUGGGCUCCUCCGGCAGCUCUCAGGGUCCAGAUGAAGCAGACCGAGAACGCGAACAACUGACGAAUGGUACCAAGCAAGGCACGGAAGUGACCGAUUCGUCAGUACAGAACGGUAAGAAGGACGAUCUGGCCCUUGCGGCGGCGCUGUCCCAGGAAAGACCGCUUUUGGACCACAACUCGUCCUUGCGCGGCAACAGACUGGUCAAUGUUGGAUAUCUGAUCAAGGACGCAGAGUUGAAGCUCGUACAGUCGCUCAAGGCUUCCAUCCGCUCGAAAAAGUCGCAAAAUGGAACCUCGCAUGGCCGCGUGGUCAAGACCGCCGCCGCCAGCAGGUCAGGCCCGCGCAAAGAACCGAUCAUCCUCAUACCCUCUGCCGCGUCUUCCAUCUUCACCAUGGCCAACAUUCAGCAGUUUUUGCGCGACUCUCACUACAUCAACCCAAGGGAUCUGCCCGCCUCUCACUCAGAUUUCCUCACCGUGGAAAAGAAGCUCGAUCGUCUGUCGAGACCCGUCAAGUUCAUCGUCGUCAACAACACCAGGAUGUUCACGAAGCCAGAAUACUGGGACAGGGUUGUCGCAGUGAUCACCAUGGGACACACCUGGCAAUUCAACAACUACCAAUGGAACACGCCACAGGAGCUAUUUCAGCAUUGCAAAGGCUACUAUUUCCAUUUUGCCGGCGACUCCGUCCCGCAGCACGUCCAGCAAUGGAACGUCCAGCAGGUCGAGCUCGACAAGAGCAAGAGGUUCAAGGACGUCGAGGUGGCCCGCUUCUUCUGGAACAGUCUAGAGAAGGAACUCACGGCAAGAGGAUUCCACUGA